GAGGAGAGACCGGGAGGGGGCUGGCAAAGGGGAGGAGUGUAGAGGUCGCCACUCUGAGGCGGCAGGGCUGCUCCUCCCCGGCAGUCUCAGCCGCGAGGAAGGCGGCCUGCCGAGGGCAGGACACCCAGGCCCACAGUGGGGGCGUCCCGCUUUCCCCCUUGCCCUGCUGGGUGGCCUCCGCCAUUUUGGCAUUUAAAUCAAACGGUAUUGAGAUGGAUUGGGUUAUGAAACAUAAUGGUCCAAAUGACGCUAGUGAUGGGACAGUACGACUUCGAGGACUACCAUUUGGUUGCAGCAAAGAGGAAAUAGUUCAGUUCUUUCAAGGGUUGGAAAUCGUGCCAAAUGGGAUAACAUUGACGAUGGACUACCAGGGGAGAAGCACAGGGGAGGCCUUCGUGCAGUUUGCUUCAAAGGAGAUAGCAGAAAAUGCUCUGGGGAAACACAAGGAAAGAAUAGGGCACAGGUAUAUUGAGAUCUUCAGAAGUAGCAGGAGUGAAAUCAAAGGAUUUUAUGAUCCACCAAGAAGAUUGCUGGGACAGCGACCAGGACCAUAUGAUAGACCAAUAGGAGGAAGAGGGGGUUAUUAUGGAGCUGGGCGUGGAAGUAUGUAUGACAGAAUGCGACGAGGAGGUGAUGGAUAUGAUGGUGGCUAUGGAGGUUUUGAUGACUAUGGUGGCUAUAAUAAUUAUGGCUAUGGCAAUGAUGGCUUUGAUGACAGAAUGAGAGAUGGAAGAGGUAUGGGAGGACAUGGCUAUGGUGGUGCUGGUGAUGCAAGUUCAGGGUUUCAUGGUGGUCAUUUUGUACAUAUGAGAGGGUUGCCUUUUCGUGCAACUGAAAAUGAUAUUGCUAAUUUCUUCUCACCACUAAAUCCAAUACGAGUUCAUAUUGAUAUUGGAGCUGAUGGCAGAGCAACAGGAGAAGCAGAUGUAGAGUUUGUGACACAUGAAGAUGCAGUAGCUGCCAUGUCUAAAGAUAAAAAUAACAUGCAACAUCGCUACAUUGAACUCUUCUUGAAUUCCACUCCUGGAGGCGGCUCUGGAAUGGGAGGUUCUGCAAUGGGAGGCUACGGCAGAGAUGGAAUGGAUAAUCAGGGUGGUUACGGAUCUGUUGGAAGAAUGGGAAUGGGGAACAAUUACAGUGGAGGAUAUGGUACUCCUGAUGGCUUGGGUGGUUAUGGCCGUGGUGGUGGAGGCAGUGGAGGUUACUAUGGGCAAGGUGGCAUGAGCGGAGGUGGAUGGCGUGGCAUGUACUGAAAACAGAAGCAUCAACAUACAAGUCCUGACAACAGCAUCUGGUCUACUAGACUUUCUUACGGAUUUAAUUUCUUUUGUAUUUUAAGAACUUUAUAAUGACUGAAGGAAUGUGUUUUCAAAAUAUUAUUUGGUAAAGCAACAGAUUGUGAUGGGGAAAUCUGUUUUCUGUAGGUUUUAUUUGUUGCAUACUUUGACUUAAAAAUAAAUUUUUAUAUUCAAACCA